UGUGUUACAGGCUGGAGAAAGACGGCUGGAGAUCCGAAGCGCACGACAUUUAUCGCAGAAUACUUGGUUUUAUCCAACUAACAAACGCUAUCAUGCAGCAGAGAGACAACAUUUUUCCUGGCAGGAAAACAGUGACCUUCCGUAGGGGUCCUCGGGGGUACCUCCUUCAGCAACCAAGUGAUGCAGCAAAGCUCCUUAAGGACAACCCUUCGCUGCAGGACAAAUCUGCACCUCUGAGGGAGGACGCUGUGAGGGAGAAUGCCCUGACUGUUGUCCGUGUGAGGGGAGGGGAUGCCUCAGACAAGACGGAGGUACUGGGAGAGUACAUCCUGCAGUUUGGGAAGUAUAAGGGGAAAUCCUUCCGGUGGCUUUUGGAGAAUGAUGUAGGGUACACCAUCUACCUCAUCCAACAUGUGGAAAAAGAAGAGGCUGCAGGAGUGUCAAUGACCCAGGGACACAACAAGGACAGCAUAUUGUCCUUUGUCAGAUAUGCCUGCAGCUUUCGCGACCUCACAUCCCUUGUGAGCUACCAGCCCCCCCCUAAAGCAGCCUCAGAGGAUGAGCAGCUGGUGGGCUUUGGCGCUCGUUCGAAGAGCACCUGGCGGGAGGUGUGGGACAGCAGGGCUGACGGCUAUGCAGCCUUCAUCCUGAAGAGCAAGUGCUUUCCGGGGUCGCAGAUGCACAGGCUGCAGCAGUACCUCAUGAAGCACUCAACCUCCGUCCCUCCACUAGUUCAGAAGGCACCUGAACAAGCCACGAUGAUGCAUGACGAUGAAGAGCUGGAGAGAGCAAUGCUGAGAACUGAGGAACUAGUAGAGUGUACUGCUGCUCCAUCAUCAUCGUCAUUGUCAGCUGAAGUGCGACCAUCCCCUGCCACACAAACAGCCAUCUUCUGGCCUUGUUCUGUGUUCCGGCCAUGUUCAGGCCAUGUCCAACUAAUACCGUGUCUGCAUGCUGGUGUUCCUACUAACAAAUAG